GGGCUUGCAACACGUCGGUUAUUGUAUCCUAGCCAAGCAUUUGAGUUGAUACAUUGUUCAAGAUGCAAAGUCAAUUGGAUCCGCAAUGAGGGAAUUUUGCUUCUUGAGGUAAACAGAAUGCUUAGAGCAGGAGGAUACUUUGUUCUGGCUGAACAAUAUGUUGACAAACAAGAAAAGUUAGAAGAACAAUGGAAAGAAAUGGAGAAUCUUGCAGGUAACCUUUGUUGGGAACUUGUGAAAAAGGAGAGCAACAUUGCAAUAUGGCGGAAACCCUUGAAUAACAGUUGUUAUUUCAACCGUGAUCCUACUGCAAAGCCUUCAUUAUGUGGCACUGACGAUGACCCAGAUGAUGUCUGGUAUGUAAAUCUGAAAGCAUGCAUCUCUCCUUUACCUGAAAAUGGGUAUGGAGGUAAUAUGAGUACAUGGCCUGCUCGCCUAAACUCUCCACCGGACAGACUUUUGAGCAUCGAAAUGGAUUCUAUGUUGUCUAGAAAGGAAAUUUACAAAGCAGACAACAAGUAUAUGCAUGAUAUUAUAAGCGGAUAUGUUGGUGCUUUCCACUGGAAAGAUAUGAACCUACGAAAUGUAAUGGACAUGAAAGCUGGAUAUGGGGGGUUUGCAGCAGCUUUAGUUAAUUUUGAGAUUGAUUGCUGGGUUAUGAAUGUUGUUCCUGUCAGCGCUUCCAAUACACUGCCUGUUAUCUAUGACCGUGGUCUUAUUGGCGUGAUGCAUGAUUGGUGUGAGCCCUUCGACACUUAUCCAAGAACAUACGAUUUCCUGAAUGCAAUCAGGCUUUUCUCGGUGGAGAAGAAUAGAUGCAAUAUAUCGAACAUCGUGCUGGAAAUGGACCGAAUUCUGAGACCUGGAGGAAGAGUUUACAUCCGCGACCUCAUACCCGUCAUCGAUGAAUUGGAAGAAAUUAUACGUGCAGUUGGAUGGGUGACCUUCAGAUAUGAUGACGGUGAAGGCCCUUAUGCUAACUCCAAGCUUUUAACCUGUGAAAAGCGCAUGUAAAAAUGUGUGCAUUCCCCCUAAAUGCACCAUGCACCCAACAAAUUUGUUAUAAUUAUUGCAUCUUCCGUUAGCUUACUAGCUUGUUUCAAUAGCUGAAUAGUUCAAGAACCUCUUAUCCACUGUCACCUUGAUCGGACUAAACCCUUAAAAUAUAAUGCUUUGUAUUCGAUUCUCAAACCGUAUUUCAACUUUACGGCCUUUUGUACUUACACUA